CACCUCUUUACGGUCAGCUGCGGUGUCACGUGGUUUUCAACCAGCUUCCGUGUUUACAGAGAUCUGUCUGUGGCAGCUCGGGCUUCACGUUGUGCGAAGAGGAUGGUGCGCAGUCAUGGCCUUUUUAAAGACACAAGAACGGACUAAAGAAAGGUUCUCCCUCUUGCUGCUGGAUCUGGAGGAGUAUUACUUUGAACAGCACACUGCGUAUCAUGUGCCGAGCAGCUUUAAAAAGGACCAGAGAAGGACCCGAGGUUCAUUUAAGGUCUGUUCCAGAUCCAUCAUAUUUGAACCAGACGAUCUUGCGGAGCCAAUUUUAAAGAUUCCACUUCGAGACUGUCAGAAGAUUGAGUUUGUGGAGGAGGGGAAGAAUCCCUUCAAUGACCCUCGUCCACCAGCCGUUUCUGUUUCAUGUGAGCAGGUUAUUUACAUCAAAGAGAGCAACGUCCUGGCACCGUACCGCAACGAACGGGGAUCAAAGCAACUAACCUUUCAUUUGGAGGUGUGGAGUAAAACAGAAGAUGUGGUUCAAACAUUGCUUCAGCUUCACAGAGCGUCUCGUCUGGAGAAACUCGGAGACCAAACAGCAAUGAUUGCAGCCAACCUACAGUCACGACUGGCGCGGGCGUCCUUUGACAAGAACUACUUUCAGCAGGUGACCGAGAGGCCUCAUAUGGAGUGUGCGGUGGAGAUGGUCACGCCUCUGGUGUCCAAUCCAGGCCACGUGUGCAUCACCGACGAAAACCUGUACUUCCAGCCCCUCAACGGAUACCCGGUGAGUCGACGUGCUGCCUGCGGGUCAUCACUGUCAAAUAUUAGUGGUUCAUACAACUUUUCAUGGCAGGAGCAUGUGAUUCAGAUCAAACUGCACAGUGUUAGACGGAUCUACAAGAGACGACAUGGACUCAGGCCACUGGGUCUGGAGGUCUUCUGCACCGAGAACGACUUCUGCUCGGACAUCUACCUGAAGUUCUACAGCACAACAGACAGAGAUGACAUCUACUUCUACAUGGCGUCUUUCCUGGAGAACCACGUGACGGAGCACACGGCCGACGGCUACAUGCUGCAGUGGCAGCGCGGCCACCUCAGUAACUACCAGUACCUGCUGCACCUCAACAACCUGGCCGACCGCAGCUGCAACGACCUCUCGCAGUACCCCGUCUUCCCCUGGGUCAUCGCAGACUACACCAGCACACAGCUAGACACGACGAGCGCCGCCACCUUCAGAGACCUGAGCAAACCCGUGGGAGCCCUGAACCGGGAGCGUCUGGAGCAGCUGCUGGCUCGCUACCAAGGCAUGCCCGAACCGCGCUUCAUGUACGGCAGCCACUACUCGUCCCCGGGCUACGUCCUCUUCUACCUGGUCCGAGUCGCUCCAGAGCACAUGCUGUGCCUCCAGAACGGCCGCUUCGACCACGCGGACAGAAUGUUCAACAGCAUAGCAGAAACUUGGAAAAACUGUUUGGAGGGAGCAACUGACUUUAAAGAGUUGAUCCCUGAGUUUUAUGGGAGUGACUGCAGCUUCCUGAAAAACAAACUGAGUCUUGAUUUGGGCAGAAGGCAGAAUGGGCGCCUAGUGGGCGACGUCGUCCUCCCUCCGUGGGCCUCAGACCCAAGCGACUUCCUUCAGAAGCACAAGGCGGCGCUGGAGAGCCAGUACGUGUCCGAGCAUCUCCACGAGUGGAUCGACUUGGUGUUUGGCUACAAGCAGAAAGGCGAUGAAGCCAGAGCAGCUCACAACGUGUUUCACCCUCUGACCUACGAAGGCAGCAUCGACUGCGACAGCAUCGGGGACCCCGACGAGAGGAUCGGCAUGCUGACACAGAUCCUGGAGUUCGGCCAGACGCCCACACAGCUGUUCACCUCCCCUCACCCUCAGAGGAUCACGCCAUGCGUUCCCAACAUCACCCGAAGCCCCAGCGUCAACUCUCCUGGCGGUGAGCUGUCCCCAGCUUCUCAGAAUGAGGACUCGUCCUUUGAGGACUUGACUGAGGAGAGCAGGAAGUUGGCCUGGGCCAACAUGGGCACUCUGUCUCGCAUCUCCAGCCACAAGAUCCAUAAAGAGACUGUGACGGGGAUCGCUGUGACUCAGGACGGAGCAGCUGUUUUCUCCACAUCCCAAGACUCAACGCUGAAGAUGUUUUCCAGGGAGCUGAAGGAUUUCCAGAGAAGCAUGUCCUUCUCUAACAUGGCCUUGUCGUCCUGCUUGAUGCUGGCGGAUGGUAAAACGGUGGCGUGUUCCUCCUGGGACAACAACGUGUACUUCUACUCCGUCCCCUACGGCCGGCGGCAGGACACGCUGAUGGGCCACGACGACGCCGUCAGUGAAAUACGCUGGUUUGACGAUCGACUGUUCACGGCGUCCUGGGAUUCCACCGUCAAGGUUUGGCAAUGUGCCUCUGAUGGCUCCUCCAGUCACAAGAGGUCAGAGUUUCAGCUGCUGGCUGAGUUGGAGCACGACGCUGGGGUGAACACCAUUAGUCUGAAUCCAGCUGGGACUCUGCUGGUUUCUGGGUGUAAAGAUGGGGCUGUCAGCAUCUGGGACACCAGCACCCAUAAAGUCCUGCAGCAGAUCCGAUGUCACACUGGAACCGUCCAUCACACGGCUUUUAGUCCUGACAGCCGACACAUUCUCAGUGUUGCUGCUGACUCCUGUAUGAAGGUGAUUGACGUCCAGACGGGGAUGAUGAUCUCGCACGUGAAGGCUGAGGAGGAGCAGAGGUGUUUCUACUGGGACGGGAACUCCGUCCUGUGUGGGGGUCAGUCUGGAGACCUCCUGCUGUGGGACCUGCUGAGCAGCACUGUCACCAAGAGGAUCCCUGCACACUCCGGUGCCGUCACAGCCAUGUGGAUGAAUGACCUGUGCACCACAGUGAUCACCGGAGGAGAGGACAGGCAGAUGAUCCUGUGGAAGCUCCAGAGCUGAAGGAAUGUUUCCCACAGAGAGACUCGUGGUGGGUGUCGCCCUCCAGACUUAACGGACUCCGGGAAGGAUGAAAAUGUACUGUAACCCACCAAAAAGUCUCUCAUCUGUGCUGUCUGCACAUUGAGAGAAGUGUCCAAUGGCAGUUUUGUGCAUGAGAUCAGGAAGCUUAUCAGGACACAUGCCUUAUUUUUUACUUGUUUUCAGCCUUGGAUGUUCAUUUUAUGUGUCAUGUUACACAGCUUUUUUUAAAUUAGCGAGUCAAUGCGUUGUGUAUUUUAUUCCAUAUUAGAUAGACUCAUAAGUGUCUGUAUGUUCAUGGUGCUCAGGUGUUAUCAUUACAAAAUAACACUUACCUCAAAAAUGCUUUGUCCUUUUCUAGUUUUUUUUAAUUCUCUGUACGCCUGCAGGCUGAUUCAUUACAUGCCUUUACAAACUGCACAUGAAAUGAAAGGUCAGCACAAAUACAGGUUCCACAGCAGAGAGGUUGAGAGCUGUAAAUGUACAGCUGGCAAAAUGUGGUGUUCUUUUUUUACGAUGAUGGGACAGCUGAUGAAAAGCAGCAGGAUCAACCCUGUGGAGCUUCAGGCUUCGUGGAUGAUGAAGUGUGACAUCACUAAAGCAUUUUAAGGGCAAAGACUUGGAAUGAUUGAUCGUAGUGAUAUCAGUCUGACCUGAAUCCAAAGGAGCACGUAUUUAAAAAGAAGUGCCGGUGUCUGGUGAUGUUUUUUAUUUACACUCUUCCUGCAGCAGUUGACGUUUUAAAUCUACCAAUUAAAUCUGAUGUAUUUCAAACA